AUGAGCCACAGCAGACCGCAGGAGACACGUGUUGGGAGCGGUGUGUCCGGGAAUGACACGCUUCUCGCGGAGCAGAAGCAGGAGAUUUACGAGGCGUUCAACCUGUUCGACAUGAACAACGAUGGGUUCCUGGAUUACCACGAGUUGAAGGUGGCGCUGCGGGCGCUCGGGUUCACGAUGGAUACACAGGCGGUACUGAAGCUGAUAGAGAAGUACUCUGCGCGAGAUGACCGUCUCAUCUCGUACGAGGACUUCUUCGUGGUCGCUGGUGGGAUGAUCGUCGAGCGGGACCCGAUGGACGAGAUCAAGAGGGCUUUCAGACUGUUCGACGAGGACGGUACGGGGAAGAUCUCGCUGAAGAACCUGCGGAAGGUCGCGCAGGAGCUGGGAGAGAACCUGUCGGACCACGACCUGCGCGCAAUGAUCGACGAGUUCGACAUGGACGGCGACGGGGAGAUCAACGAGGAGGAGUUUAUAGCUAUUUGCACCGACAACUGA